CCCGUGAUGGCCGCUUGCGGCUAACCGAGUAAACAAAACAAGAGUACAUACCGAAAAACACUCGAAAAACUCAUUCGAAUGAGUGAAGUAAAUUCAAAAUUUACUUUUACAUCUCUAUCUUUAUUAACUCCUCAUUAUCUCUACCCUAGUCUAGCGUAUAAAUAAUCGUAUUGUUCUGUCACAUUGUACCUGAAGAAAUGAGGUUAUAAACACUAGUUAUAAAUAAACACCAUAGACUGGCGUGCGGGCGGAUUUUCAGAGUUCCCGAGCCUGACUGAGAAGUCAGGUCAUAAAUAAACACAGAUGAACGCAAGCGUAAGAAAAAGGUAACGUGCUUCGCACGCUCGACCAUCCAAUUUUGUGGCGCACAUUUGAGAUGAUGGUGAACACAAGAGAUCUUCCUUGGUGUACGAUGCGAGAACAUCCAAAGUAAUAUUCCCAAUUUGAAUCGAAGACAUAUAGAAGACAUAUUUCGCGCAGCCAAACUUUGGAUUGGGAAAAAAUACGCGAAGAACUCUGCGAGUGGUGUUGCAGCAAGAAAGACAAAUGUGCUAUUGAAAGUCAUUCAAAAAAAAAAAAAGCGAAUUCUGAACGAGUCUUGAAAGUGAGACAAAUGGAAAGAAGUGCACUUGUAACAACAAACACAAUGCGUUUGAUAGACUAACGGCGAAUAUCUGAAAGAGAUUUCAAAGCUUUACAAAAGACCUUUACUGAACUUUACUGAAGCAAAAUUGAGAGAAUACAGAAGCAAUGCCUACCAUAGCUAACUCCUCGCUCACCUACGAAAUUCUCAUGUACUUGAACUCGUUCUACUUCGGCAUGUUCGCGGUGUGCGAGUUGAGCAUGGGUCUGUUCAAGGCCGCAAACCUGCCAUCACCCGGAACGAACACCAUGCUGACGGAAUUUGCUCUUCUGCUCUUUCUGAUGGUAACGGAAACUGGCAGAAUCUACCUGGGCAGGCGAGGAAAUUUAACCGAACGUGGACUGCCGAUAGUAUUGGGAAUAGUUCUUACCAUUCCCAGUUCGUUGGCGACGCUCUACUUCCUGCUCUGGCAGACGCAUGUGCUCAGACUUGAGAUGAUUCUCUGCAGCAUACAACUGGUUCUAUUGGCCUCCGAGGUGGUCAUUGCUAUUCUGUGCCUUGUCUCUAUCUACCGACCCGUACCUCUGGAGAAAUAAUUCUGUGCACCAAAGAUAUUGUACCUUUAUUUUGUACCGUAUUUCACGUCGUGUGAUUAACAAUCCGUUUUAAGUAUUGUUCGUUCAUCAAGAGGAAACACAAGAUGCUCUCUUUACUUUGUGUCGCACAAUGUUUUCUGCCAUUUACACAUUUAUUGCUAUUUAUAUAAUAUAUGUUAUACAUUUAUAUAUUUGAAAUCCAAUUUUACAGAAGAUUAGGAUGCAAUAUUUGUCUCGAAUUUAAUAUAAACUUGCACUUUGCACCUGUAUACCUGGAGUUUUAUAUUGCAACGUAGUGUUUUACCUCAGCUGUUUUUUUAUCAAUUCCAAGAAAAUAAAAACUGAUUAUAUAAACAAGUUAAAAAUCUAAUAGUUCCCCUUCUUCCCUUAAUGUCGAAUAUUUAUAAGUUUUACUAAUGAAGUACAUAUUAGUUGUAAUUGACAUACUUUGUACACACGCUACUUACAUCGGACUGAAUCUAGUAGUUUGCAAUUUUAUAUUAAACUACACAAACAGAAACAAAUUUCUGUCACACAUCAUUUUAAUUUGUUGCGUUUUCA